AUGUCUGCGUCAUUCGCCGCUCGUGUAGGGAUUGAAACCGCUGACGUGUCUGACGGUGCCGGCGUGCGUUUGGCCGACGGUUCCUACCGACCGGUACAGCGUACUGUCAAUGCUGUAUCAUUUUCUGUUGGUUCCGAGUACUCGGAGGAUUUGCAUUUCACAGUCGCAGACAUCACAUACGACGUCAUUUUGGGACUGCCUUGGCUUGAGUCGGGGAAUAAGAAGGUCGACUGGAAAAAGCGCCAUAUCUCCUUUGUCCACAAUGCUUGCCCUGUAACGCUGGAGGCCGGAAGGCCGUCAAAACGGGCUUUAAAGCAGGAGUAUGGCGACCAGCUGCUCAACUCGGUACAAAUGAAGAAAAUUUUGAAGAAAAAGCAGCCGGUAUUCCAGGUCUUCCCUAACGUUACCCCUGACAUGGCCAAUAACCUGGCGGCUGAGUCUGAACGCUGUGAGAAAUUACGAACUGAAUUCGCUGAUGUUUUCCCUCAGGACCUCCCGGCACAUCUUCCACCCGACCGGGGCAUGCCCUUCCACAUCGAAACCCUGCCGGGCACCACCCCGGUUAAUCGCUCCAUCUACCGGCUGUCCCCAACCGAGCUGGAUGAGCUUCGUCGCACCCUCGACGACUUGCUUGCCAAGGGGUUCAUUCGCCCCAGCUCGUCCCCGUGGGGCGCCCCGGUUCUCUUCGCCCCAAAGAAGGACGGGGGCCUCCGCUUCUGUAUUGACUACCGGGGGCUCAACAAGCAGACGGUCAAAAACGCGUAUCCUCUGCCCCGUGCUGACGAUCUUAUUGACCAACUGCAUGGCGCAAAAAUCUUCUCUAAAAUCGACUUGCGCUCUGGAUAUUGGCAAAUUCCGAUCAGUGCAGAGGAUGUCACAAAAACUGCUUUCCGCACCCGGUACGGCCACUUCGAAUGGCUCGUACUCCCCUUUGGUUUGACUAACGCCCCGGCAGCUUUCAUGGACCUAAUGCACAAAAUCUUCGCGGAUCUGCUGGAUAAGGGCGUGGUCAUUUUCCUGGACGAUAUACUCAUAUAUUCCAACUCCGCAGAUGAGCACGAACGGCUUCUACGGGAGGUAUUCACACGCCUUCGUGCCAACAACCUCUACGCCAAGGAAUCGAAGUACCUGACCACAAACCGCUACCACCUCUUGACCAACCUACGCUUGCCGCAGUGUCAAGCGUUGGACCUGAUCCCGACUUGCUGGCAGCUGUACGCGCUGCCAACUCAACCGACCCCUACGCCCGGAUGGUCAUCGGCCGUUUAA